UAGAUGUAUUGCUUGCAAAAUCCCUAAAAGCCCUCUAAUGGCAGAACUUCAUCUUCCCUGUAUAUGCUCAUCAAUCGUUCAGUUCAGUGACCAAAUUACCAAAAAGCUCACCAAUGAUAUACCUGAGAAAGUUCAAUUCUUGGCGUUUUCUAACAAUAGCAUCAACAUGCUUGAAUUCUUCAACCCCAUAUCAAUUUUCAUCAUUUUUGGGGAGACCCUUUUCGUUUUCAGCUCAGAUUCAGACAGAAUCAACUAUUUCAGAUAGUGUAGCAAAGAAACCAUUGGGUGUUUUCUUUCAAGAAGCUGUUGGUCUGUUAGAAAAGUCUGAAAACAAAGAAUUGAAGGGUAAAUUGGAAAAAUUGGAGGAAGAAGUGAGGGUUUUGCUAGAGAUGAGGAAAAAUGAAAAGGAAGCUAGAAAUGGUGAUGGGGUAUUGGAAAAUAAGGGGACGAGUAAGAAAUUACAUGAAUUGUUUAUGAAUGAGGAGGUUAAGAGUGUAAAAUCAAUAAAGUCGACUCCGUUGAGUAUGGAGGAUCAUACUGUGUACAAAGAGCUUUCACCUGAUAUGGCGAUGUUUGUGACUCAUUUAUACAAUGAAGGGUACUUUAAAUAUUCAAACUUUCUGUCUAGGAAGAAGUUUGACAUUACUUGCUUCGAGAAUAGCUAUGCCCGUAAUUUUAUAACGUAUGCAGCUAAGCAGUUUGGUAGAGAUCACCAAGAGAUUGUUAAAUGGUUGUCUGGCAGUGACCUGAAAAAAGUCGCCCUUUUUGGUUGCCCUUCUAUUGCAAAGCAGAAUGUUUUAUCUGCUAAGAGGUUGCGUAAAUAUUUCAGAAUUCAAGAAGAUAAUGUAUGCAGCAAAUGUGCCUUAAAAGCAUCAUGCAAGUUUGUGAAUCAGAAUGUCAGGAAAGGCGAUAGGGCAAAUUUACACUUGGCUGCUGUAUUGAGGGUCAUUAUUCUGUAUGCGCUGGAAUCAGUUCCUCCUCAGCUAGUAAUACCAGAUGAAAUAAAGGCUUCUGUCAGUCGGUUGCUGAUGGACAUUUUGAGACUUAGUCAAACUGUGUCUUAAUGCUUCUUAAGAAUCCGAUGAGUUGAUCAGCAUAUAGUGGCAAGGAUUGGAAUGAACCAAAGGUCUUCGACUGCAGUGGACAAACAAAACCAAUAGAGGGAUCAACUUAUCCAGGUUAAAGAUAUCCAGGAGAGGCAUUGGUGAAAAGUGUCCCAAGUAAAAUGACAAAGCCUGUCAAUUUACUUGAUAUUAUACUGCUUACACAACUACGAAAAGAUGGACACCAGUCGAGAAUUGCCAGUGGUGCAUUGACGGACUGCAGCCACUGGUGUGUAGCUGGUGUUCAGAUGUUUGGAAUGAACUAUUGUACGCAAUCUUGCUCCACUAGUGUAUUUGAAUCUUGAAUCUCAAUUUUCAUGUAUAAAUGAAAGUUGAUGGCUA